GUUGUCGUUGUUAUUCUUUAUUGCCUGUUUGCUGCUUGCCGGCACUUCAACCAUACUCAACCAUAUGCAAAGGUUUUUCUUAUAAAUGGUAAAGAACUUGGCCUCUGACCUCCCCGACGCCAUCCCCGUGAUCCACACGAUGGAGACCCCGGACGCUGACGGGGCACCACCCUGCAAGGCGCCUAGACUGGAGGACGCAAGGGUGCAGCAGCUGCUGCGGGACGUGGACGCAGGAAGGCAGGUGGUGAAGCAGCUGCGGGGAGCAGUCGGCCAGCUGCGGCAGGUGCUGGAGUCUCUGGACCACGACCUGAACUCGGCGGUCGCUCAGCUGCAGCAGGUGGAGGCGGCUCUCGAGAGGGGAAAGCGAGGGGAGGCCACAGGAGAUGCACCUGACUUUUCGGCAAAGCAGUUGGAGCUGCAGCGACUCCGCGACGCUCUGCGCCCUGUGUUUGUACACUUUCAGCUGGAGAAGUCGCUGCUUUCGCUGCCGGACCUGCCCCUGCUACGGGUGCUCUCCUACGUGCCGCGCAAGGACCUGGGGGCCGUCGGGGAGGCGAGCCCCCGUCUGGGCGCGCUGAUCAGGGGGGACUCGUCGCUGUGGCGGGGUGGCCUUCGUACCUGUUCGUUCUUUAACCAGCAUGAGCUGUUGAGAUUUUUGAGGGUCACACCGCCUUUCACCCGCAUGACCUUUCGAUCCAAUCGUUUUUCUCGCCAUAUCGUGAAACUCCCCAGGUGUCCGGAAACAUGGCCGUUUAACAUGCUGGAAGUGCUCGGCGCCGACCCUGACUGCUGCACCAGCAUCCUCCGUGAGUUUGGAGCUCGUCUCGAGCAUCUGAAUAUCGUGGGGAUACACCGCGGGCUGCAGGUGUUCCUCUCCAGCUUGCGGCAUGUGCCCGCUCUACGCAGGCUGCGGCUGAGCUUCGAAAGCUAUAACGACUGGUGUGACUUCAGAUGGGCAAAGGAGGUGGUGCUAUCCCAACUGCAUACCGCUGAGUUUCAGUUUGGUGAUUUAGGCGACGAUUCCGACACCGGGAGCGAGGACGACGAUGAGGAUGACGCCAUCUUCGUUAGCAUGGGAGGUGGUGACGUCGAACGCAAAGACGGCAACGUGGAAGCCCAAGUGGACGACGUCCAAGGCCAUGUAGGAGACGUCCGAGGCCGUGAAGACGACGCCGUCCAAGGGCACGUAACCGACGUCCAGGAGGGUCAAGUGAACGACGUCCAGGGUAAAGUGGACGACUUCCAGGACGACAUGGGCGAGUCUCAUUGUGAAGUGGACGAAGCACAUGGCGAAGUGGACGACUCCAAAGGCGAAGUGGACGACAUCCCAGGCGAGGUGGAUGACUUCGAAGGACGAGUGGGAGAUUUCAAAUGCGAAGUAGAAGACGUCAAAGGCGAGGUAGACGACGUCAAAGGUAAAGAGGACGAUGCCAAAGGCGGAGAUAACAGCGUCAAAGACGAGGACGGCGACGUCAAACGCAAACACGGCAACAACGAAGUCCACGUGGACGACGUUGAGGGGCAAGUGCACGACGCCGAAGGCCAAGUGGUCGGCGUCCAAGGCCAAGAUAACGACGCCGAAGGCCAAGAUAACGACGCCGAAGGCCAAGAUAACGACGCCGAAGGGCAAGUGGUCGGCGUCCAAGGCCAAGGGAACGACGUACAAGGCGAAGUGGUCGGUGUCCACGGCCAAGUGAACGACGUACAAGGGGAAGUGGGCGAGUGGGACGAUGUAGACGAGGAUCAAGACGAAGAAGAUGACGAUGACACAUCCGACGCGGACUCUUCGGACUCCUACGAUUACGAUGAGGAAGAACAGGAAGAACAACGGUGCGAACCUUCCACCUCCUUUUUCGAGGUCCUCCGCUCGCUGCUGCUCCCGCACGAGGCAACGCUGCACCACCUGAGGCUGGCCUCGCCGCAGCUACUGCCGCUCCUGGACUCCUUUGCCAGCGCGCUGCAGCGACUCACCCUGACCGUCGAUGAUGACCACCACCUAAAGGGACUGCAGCAAAUGACCAGCCUCAAGCAUCUCACCAUCUUCCUCAAGAGCGACAUCUUUUGCUAUAGGGUCAGCGCACUGUUAAAGUCGUGCCCGAGUUCACUAGAGCGCCUUGAGCUCAGGCGUUGCAGUGACGGUUCGGUGCGAGCCCUAGGGGCGGUCGGGGUCGGGCUCACCAGCCUGCAGCACCUCGUGCUGUCCUGCCGCCGGGGCCGGAGCGUGAUGGCAGGGUCCCUGAGAGUAGCGCUAGUGGGCCUACCUAACCUGCGCUCGCUCCGUCUCCUGGGGCUCGACAAGCCGACCCUGAAGCUCUCCCAUCUCUCCGCCGAUACCAUGCCAAAGCUGGCCGUCAUCGUCUUCACGGACGGCACCGGGAGUGGCUCUGACUCAGCCAGCGACUAUUCGGGUUAUCAAGACUGCCAGGACCUGGUGCGCCGCUCCCCCAUGCCGCUCCACGUUGUCGCCGUCUUCCGCGAGGAGCGCGACAGGCACAUGAUGUUCUUCAGGCACCCCGCAGGCGAGUUGUGCCCGUUGUGCGCCGAGGCCGAAGCUGCGUCAAGUUUUCGCGUGUUAAAGAACCGCCCUUUUGAGCGCAUUCAGAACUUGGCCUCUGACCCUACCGACCUCCCCGACGCCCUCCCCGUGAUCCGCACGAUGGAGACCCCGGACGCUGACGGGGCACCACCCCGCAAGACGCCUCGACUAGAGGACGCGAGGGUGCAGCAGCUGCAGCGGGACGUGGACGCGGGAAGGCAGGUGGUGGAGCAGCUGCGGGGGGCAGUCCUCCAGCUGCGGCAGGUGGCGGAGGCUCUGGACCACGACCUGGACUCGGCGGUCGCUCAGCUGCAGCAGUUGGAGGCAGCUCUCGAGAAGGGGAAGCGAGGGGAGGCCACAGGAGAUGUCGCACCGGACUUCUCGGCAAAGCUGUUGUAUUUGCAGCGACUCUGCUACGCUCUGCGCCCUGUGUUUGUGCACCUUCAGCUGGAAAAGUCGCUGCUGUCGCUGCCGGACCUGCCCCUGCUGCAGGUGCUCUCCCACUUGUCGGCCAAGGACCUGGGGGCCGUCGGGGAGGCGAGCCCCCGGCUGGGCGCGCUCAUCAGGGAGCACUCGUCGCUGUGGAGGAAGGGUGCCUUCGAUCGGUUCUAUAACGUUGAAAACCUGUCGAGAUACUUAAGGGUCACGCCGCCUCUUCCUCAGUUGACGUUUCAAUUCGAAAGUUCCUCUGGCCAUUACGUGUGCUUUUCUAGGUCUCCUGAAACGGACGCCUUCAGCACGUUGGUUGUAAACAGCAGCGACCCGGAGUGUUGCGCCGGCAUCCUCCGUGAGUUCGGAGCUCGCCUGGAGCAUCUUGAGAUCUUGGGGAUACGUAGCGGUCUGCAGGUGCUCCUCUCCAGCUUACGGCAUGCGUCGUCUCUACGGAGGCUGCGGCUGAGCUUCGAUGGCUAUUAUGACCGGUGUGACUUCAGAUGGGCGAAGGAGGUGGUGCUGCCGAAACUACGCACCGUGGAGUUGACAUUUUUUAAUGAAUCUGGGAUUGUUGAGUCCGAACCCGACGAGGACGGGGAAGAUGACGACACCUUCGUUGGUAUCGAAGGCGGCGACGUCAAAGGCAAAGAAGGCGACGUUGAACUCAAAGACGGCAACAUCCAAGCCAAAGUGGACGACGUGAUGGGCGAUAGCAAAGCCAACGAAAUCAUAGGCGAACAGGAUGACAUCCGAGGCAGACGCGAAGAGAACGACGUCGUAGGCGAUGUGGGUGACCUCCAAGGCCAAGUAGACGCAAUCCAAGGUCAAGUAGACGUCGUCCAAGGCCAAAUAAACGCCGUGCAGGUCCAAGUAGACGACUUCCUAUUCGAAGAGGAAGACUUCCAAGACGAUGAUUACUGGAUGCACAUUUAUUCGGACCCCUUUGAAUACGAUUCUGACAACGUCGGCGACAAGAGAGAACAAGUACAACCGCCCAAGCCGAACUCGUCCUUGUUCGAGGUCCUCCGCUCGCUGUUGCGGUCCCACAAGGCAACGCUGCACCACCUGAAGCUGGACUCGCCGCAGCUGCUGCCGCUCCUCGACUCCUUUGCCAGUGGGCUGCAGCGGCUCACCCUGGCCCUCGACGAUGAUCAGGACCUGCAGGGACUGCAGCAAAUGACCGGGCUCAAGCAUGUCACCAUCUUCCUCAAGAGCGACUUCUCGGCAAGUAAAGUCAGCCGUGUCGGCGCACUGUUAAAGUCAUGCCCUAGUCCCCUGGAGCGCCUCGAGCUCAGGGGCUGCACUUACGAUUCGGUUCGAGGCCUGGGGGCGCUCGGGCUCACGAGCCUGCAGCACCUUGUGCUGUCCUGCAGCCAGGACGUGUUGGGAGGGGCGCUGAGGGUGGCGCUGAUGGCCCUGCCCAACCUGCGGUCGCUCCGCCUCCUGGGGCUCAGGGCGCCAUCCUUGCACCUGUCCCGUCUCUCCGCCGGCGCCAUCCCCAAGCUGGCCGUCAUCGUCUUCACGGACGGCACCGGGAGUGGCUCUGACUCUGUCACCGACUAUUCAGGCUAUCAAGACUGCCAGGACCUGGUGCGCCGCGCCCCCAUGCCUCUCCACGUGGUCGCCGUCUUCCGCGAGGAGCCCGACAGGCACAUGAUGUUCUUCAGGCACCCCGUAGGCGAGUUGUGUCCGCUGUGCGCCGAGGCCGAAGCUGCGUCAAGUUUCCGUGUUCUAAAGAACCGCCCCUUUGAGCGUAUUCAGGUAGAGUAGCGAAUAAACCACAAUUCAUGCUUGUAAACGCAUUAUUAUUGCGUAAAGCAAACGACAUAUUUGCAUGGUUGCCAAAAUUGGCCAACUUGAUUUUGUCAUGUUGACGUGUGCCACGCCAGGAUGGUGAAAAUAAAAGUAUUGUGUAAAGUUUCCCCCUUCUUUUGAAGAUAAGAUUACAGAUCUACUUACCUACAGACCUACUUACUUACCUGUAACUGUAAAUAGUUCUAGUUGAUGUUCUUAAUAACUGAAGAGCUAUUGAAAUACAGUGUAAAUGCCAAUGUGAAA